AUGUCCGAGGACCAAAACUUCUCAGCUUCACUCAAGGGUUUAUCCCUCAACACAAAAGAGGAACCGGCAAAAACGACUUCAAACCCCGCAGCAAAGAAGGCAAAAACCAAGGAGGUUGUCGCAGAUUCAUGGGAAGAUGCUGAUUCUGACUCUGAGCCCGAAGCCGAGGCUGAGUCAAACGAACCCACUCCCAGCGUCACGCCUGCACCACCACCUCCAACGCCUAUGUCGCCUGUUGGUGGUUUACCAUGGACUUCACCCGUAGGCAGUCCAGCUCCUCGAGCUGGAUCUGACCCUGAUCGGCGGCCGGAGAAGACGGAUGCUGUUGCACGACGUAUGAUAGCUGCCGGACUAGGCCUCAAGGCACCCAAGCAGACGGAGGAGCAGCGGGCAUAUCAGAAGAGUGUACGCGAGCAGGAAAAGAAGAAAAGAGAGCAGGAGAGGGAGGAAGAGAGGAAGCGACAGGCCGACGUUGAAAAGGCUAAGGCCGCUGUCUGGGAUGACUAG